AGUAACAAAAACACACGCUUUUUUCACUUUGACUGCACAUUAAAGAUUGAUUGAUUAAACAUGAUGAUGGGUUUGUAUUAUUUAUACACGAUUCUUCCUUGCCAAUUCAUUUUUAAAUUGAAGCCCUGAACUUUCCAUCUGCCUCACCACUGACACUGGAACCUGUAACAAUUUGUAUUCUUCCAGCUUCUUUAUUACAAGCACAAACAAGCAUAUUCCCAUCUCCAUCUCUUUCUGUCUCUCUCUCUCUCUUUUGUUUGACUUGGAGUUUAUAACUGAGUUCCAACUGAAUUUCUGAAGUCUGUGCCAUUCUUUUUCUGUCUGAGAUCCAGAUUUUCGUGGAACUGGAUAUAUAUAUACUUAUGUGACUGUUGUGUCACAGAACACUACUGUCUUUUUCUGUUUCUACACCAAGAAAAUGAUGGCCUGACAGUUUAUAUAAUUUUCUCCUACCAGAAAGUGGAAUUUCUGAGGUCAACCCCUUGUUUCUUUUACCAUUCUUUGAUCGUGUUCUUGGUUUGGAAUUCUCCGGUUUAUCAAUGGCGCCCAACACUGUGGUGGUCACACUUGAGAAGGCUGAGAACAUCUCUCUGAUAGAGCUGAAUGAUCCAACUGCUGGAUCCAUAUUCCAGGAGAAGCAAAAGGCUGCAAGCCCCAAGCAGUUCACUUGGGUUCUUCUCCUGAAAGCGCACAGAGUUUUAGCCUGCAUUCCAUGGCUGGCAGUGAGUUUGUGGACGGUUUUCGGGUCCAUCAGGAAACGCAUUGCUUCGUCGGAUCCAAACGAGGAGGACCCCAGAUACAGGGGGAGAUUGUACAGGUUUAUAAAAGCAUUUCUUGCUGUUUCGGUGAUGGCCCUGGUGAUAGAAAUCUUUGCUUAUUUUAAUAAAUGGGAUUUGAGCAUGGUGAAUCCAUGGGAGGUCCAGAAUCUGGUGCAGUGGUCCUAUAUGGCUUGGCUGAAUUUCAGGGCGGACUAUGUUGCCCCGGUCAUUGUCACACUUUCCAGGUUCUGUAUUGUGCUUUUCAUGAUUCAGUCGCUGGAUCGGCUCGUUCAGUGUCUCGGGUGUUUCUGGAUUAAGUGCAAGAAGUUGAAGCCUGUCGUCGAGGGGGAGCCCUACGACAUUGAGGAUGGAUCAAGUUUCCCCAUGGUUCUUGUUCAGAUUCCAAUGUGCAAUGAGAAAGAGGUAUACGAGCAAUCAAUUGCUGCUGCUUGCCAGCUAGAUUGGCCCAAGGACAGGUUUCUAGUUCAAAUCUUGGAUGAUUCGAGUGACGAACUUUUACAGCAUUUGAUAAGGGAUGAAGUCAUGUCCUGGAAAGAGAAAGGGGCCAACAUAGUCUAUAGGCAUCGCUUUAUCCGAACUGGUUACAAAGCUGGCAACCUUAAAUCAGCCAUGGCUUGUGACUAUGUCAAGGACUACGAAUUUGUUGCGAUAUUUGAUGCAGACUUCCAACCCAAUCCUGAUUUCCUUAAGUUGACAAUACCUCAUUUCAAGGGAAAACCCGAUGUAGGACUCGUGCAGGCACGCUGGUCAUUCGUGAACAAGGAUGAAAAUUUACUUACCCGACUCCAGAACAUUAAUUUAUGCUUCCAUUUUGAGGUAGAACAGCAAGUAAAUGGUCUUUUCCUCAAUUUCUUCGGGUUCAAUGGGACUGCUGGUGUCUGGAGGAUCAAGGCCUUAGAGGAUUCUGGCGGCUGGCUCGAAAGGACAACAGUAGAGGAUAUGGACAUAGCCGUUCGUGCCCACUUAAAUGGCUGGAAAUUUGUUUUCCUCAAUGAUGUUAAGGUUCUUUGUGAGUUACCAGAAUCAUAUGAAGCAUACAAGAAGCAGCAACAUCGUUGGCAUUCGGGCCCGAUGCAGCUAUUCAGGUUGUGCCUCCCUGCUAUCUUAACAUCCAAGAUAUCAGCCUGGAAGAAGGCAAAUUUGAUAUUCCUAUUCUUUCUCCUAAGGAAACUCAUACUUCCCUUUUACUCAUUCACACUAUUCUGCAUCAUUCUCCCAUUGACUAUGUUCAUUCCAGAAGCUGAACUUCCAUCAUGGGUGAUCUGUCACGUGCCGAUUGUGAUGUCGAUUCUAAACAUCCUACCAGCACCAAAAUCCUUCCCAUUCCUCAUGCCAUACCUACUCUUUGAAAACACCAUGUCUGUAACAAAGUUCAACGCAAUGAUCUCAGGGCUAUUUCAACUGGGAAGCGCCUACGAAUGGGUCGUAACCAAGAAAACCGGCAGGGCGUCAGAAUCGGACCUGCUAAGCCUUGCAGAGAGGGAAACGAAAACACUGAACGAAGAGAAGAUUCAGAGAAGGCUUUCUGAAUCCGGUCUAGAAAUGCUAGGCAAACUAAACGAGCAGAAGGAGCAAAGGGCGCCUGUCGUAAAGAAGAGAAACAGAAUUUACAGGAAGGAACUGGCACUCGCGUUUCUUCUGCUCACUGCUGCUGCAAGAAGCCUGCUAUCAGCACAAGGGAUUCAUUUCUAUUACUUGCUGUUUCAGGGGCUGUCCUUCUUAGUAAUGGGGUUAGAUUUAAUUGGGGAGCAGGUGAACUGAGCUGAGAAUGGAUGUUUUUGUUCAACUUGUAUGUGUUCUCAACAUGAUCAUGUACUAAAUAUAUAGUUAAAGAGCUGUUGUCCAGUUCUAUAGCUAUAGAGAGAGAGAGAGAGAGAGAGAGAGAGAGAGAGGCUUCUCUUAUGAACUGGAUUUGGUCACCGGGAAAGACAUGAGAGUUGUGGGAUAGCAAAGAGUUAGAUUUCAUUCUUUAAUUGUAUAAUUACAAGACUACCAGUGUUUCUAUUUGUAUACUACUGGAUAUAAAUCACCCUUUCCUCAAA